CUCAAGCUAGAUAAAUUUCCAAACAAUUUUACUUAAAUAAUUCAACGAAUUUGUUCACACUUUUAGCCAUGUUCCGGAAUCAGUACGACAGCGACACGACCACGUGGAGUCCGCAGGGUCGUCUCUUCCAGGUGGAGUACGCCAUGGAGGCCGUGAAACAGGGAGCAGCCACCGUGGGACUGAAGAGCAGCGACUACGCCGUGCUGGCCGCCCUGUGCCGCACCUCCAAGGAGACGGACACGCUCCAGCGGAAGAUCAUGCCGGUGGACGGGCACGUGGGCAUGUCCAUAGCAGGACUCACUGCGGAUGCCCGCGUGGUGUGCCAGUACUUGAGGACGGAGUGCAUGGCAUACCGGCACUCCUACGAUGCGGAGUUUCCGAUCCGCCGCUUGGUGGCCAAUCUGGGUAACAAGCUGCAGGCCACCACCCAGCGGUAUGAUCGGCGUCCCUAUGGCGUGGGCAUGCUGGUGGCUGGCUACGAUGAGCAGGGACCGCACAUCUUCCAGGUGAUGCCCACGGCCAAUGUGCUCAACUGCAAGGCAAUGGCCAUUGGCUCCCGUUCGCAGAGUGCCCGCACCUAUUUGGAGCGGAACAUGGAGAGUUUUGAGAACUGCGACAAGGAUGAACUCAUAUGUCAUGCGAUUCAGGCCAUUCGGGGAUCCUUGGGACACGAUGAUACCGAAGACCUCACCACAAAUGUGGCCAUCGUGGGCAAGGAUUUGCCCUUCAAAAUGUUUUCGGAUGCCGAGAACCAGUACUAUCUGAACAUCGUCAAGGCUCUGGACCCGCCUUUGGAGGCGGAGCAGGAAGCUCUAUCCGAGGAGGGAAUGAGCGUUGACGACAUGAUGGACCACGGACCGAGUGGCAGUGGUGCUCCGGCCAAUGAUGCAACUGACGUGCACACCAAUGCGUCCACAGGUGGCAAUGAUGCACGCUAAUGGGAGCGGGCACUCUCACAUAGUAUACCAAAUUUGUUGUUUCGUUAAUAAUGCUAUUAAAGUUUAUAUUGUGUUUUAUAUUA